AUGGCGCUCGAGAUAUGCACCGCUCAGCCGCUGAACCCGUUUGUGCGCUACUACGAGCCACUUUCGUAUCAGCCUGUCAACGUCACAGGAAAGGCUCGCUGUAAGCGUUCUGCGUCCAGGGAGCACCGUGACACCCACAGCGUGGAGUUCACCUUUAGAGCUCACAAGAGAGAGUUUAGAUUGCGCCUUGCACGUGACCGCUCCUCUUUCUCGGAUGACUUCGUCUUAGUCACGAGACGUGGCGCCACCGACGCCGACCUCGACCACAUCUAUUCUGGCUACGUGGUGGGCGCAGACAACAGCCGCGUCAUAGGAGCCGUCAUUGACGGCGUGUUCACCGGCCGUAUUGUGCUGUCCACCGAUGAGGAAUUCUACGUUGAGCGCGCCACUCGGUUCCUGGCGGUCUCUAAACCGGGGCCGUUCCACUCGGUGAUCUACUCGGCCCGUGACGUCACUAUGGGAAACAGCGCCUUCUGUGGCGUGGAAGACCUCGGCCAAACCGACACGCAUGCCAACUUGCAUCAGCAUCGCGAGGCUUCUUCAAAGGCAACCGGACGCCAUCGCUUAAAACGCUCGCUGCGGACUUCUGCACAGCAGCUCAGCACCGAGUCUGACGUGACGCGUGGAUCUGUCACUCACAAGUGGCCUUCGGCGAAUCGGCCUAAGCUACUGCAGAAGCGCACAGCUCUGAGCGCAGGCGUCGCUGAACGCCGCCGCGGAUUGCCGUACCAGCCGUUGAAGCGCGUGUGUCACCUACAGAUCAACGUUGACCAUCUGCUCUUCGAAGCCGUGCUUCAGGACGUUGAAGGCGACGUGGUCCGUGCUUACGACACCGUCACGGCUAUGGUUGCUUCGCACGCGGCCUCAGCCUCCGAGAUUUUCGGCGCCACCAACUUCCUGGGCAUCACAGGCAUUUCGUUCGCCGUGCAGCACGUCCAGAUCAACGACUCCUCCGCUUGCGAGGGCCAGCGCCAACGUACGAAUCCGUUCUGCUGGGAAAACCUGGACGCCAUUCACCUGCUGGCUAAGCUGUCGCUUUCUGACUACAGCGCCUACUGUGCCUCGUACCUGUGGACGCACCGCAAUUUUCCCGGUGGACUUCUUGGCGUAGCCUACAUGGCUGAAGGCGGCGGCUACCCUGGCGGCAUCUGCGAGCCCUACCAGCGUACUGGGGAGGGCGAAGGGGGCAUGCGGCGCUCCGCCUUUGCGAGCCUCAACACUGGUAUCAUCACUUUCCAGAACCACAACGGCCGCGUUCCCCAGCGCGUCACCGAGAUAACAUUCGCGCACGAGCUGGGACACAACUUCGGGUCGCCCCAUGACUUUCCCGCGGAGUGUGUUCCGGGCGGCACCGACGGCAACUACGUCAUGUUCGCCAACGCGCAGACUGGCAGCGCGCCAAACAACCGCAAGUUUUCGCCCUGCAGCGUGGCCAACAUUUCCAUCGUCCUCGACGAGAUGUUCACGGGUGAAGGGACGCGCCCGAAUUGCUUUCAGGAACCAACGGCUCCGUUCUGCGGCAACAUGAUCCGUGAAGAAACAGAGGAAUGCGAUUGCGGUGACGACAACUGUCUCGACAGGUGCUGCUAUCCGCGCAAGCAUCCCAAGCGUUGCACUCUGCGUGCUGGCGCCAAGUGCAGCCCGACCAACGGUGCCUGCUGCAGCGAGAACUGUGCCAUUCAUAACACCACGCAACCCUGCCGACCAGAAGAUGAGUGCCAGUACGCGACUUUCUGCGAUGGCAUGAACAGCGAGUGUCCUCCGUCGGCUUGGAAGCCCGAUGGGACGUUGUGCAACCGAGGCACGCAGCUCUGCGAGGCCGGAGAGUGCCAGCACUCUGUCUGCCGCCAGUACAACUUGAACCAGUGCUUCCUCACCGGCCCCGGCCGCACGCCCGAACAGAUGUGCCUCAUCGCUUGCCAGGAGGACCGUGAGUGAUGGCGCUUGUUCACCAGCCGAUGUGAUAGCCGCUGGCAUGAACGCGUGCGUGUUUGUGCGCUCGUGGUUGCGGCUGCGCA